AUGAAGUUGUUCACGGCGCCGAAGGCAAGUCACAGAAGCUGGACGGACCAUUUUGUGUACUUGACGGCCGUCAGCGAUGCAUGCGAUGGUGCGGACAGCCUAGUGCUCAACAACAUUGUCCAUUAUGCAGACCCGCACAUGCGUAUGACCAUGUUUUCCAGGUUGUAUAUACAUUGGACCGACCCCCUACGUCAGGAUGAAGAGCUGGCCCAGUUCGCGCAGUCGAGAGAAGUCAACACUCACGCAAAAAACUUGGGGCAGGAUGUGUACAACGCUGUCGAAUCAAGGAAGGAACCAAAGGACAAGGUCAAGGCGAAGGCGAAGUCUACGUUCACGGAAGGUGACGAGCGCACGUGUUACAAGUGUGGCGAAGUCGGGCAUAUCAGAUCGAGGUGCCCCCACUCCAAGAAGAAGUCUACAAGAAAUGACUUUACUUUUGCGAUUGGAAAUGAUGGUGGUCUGGAAGAUGACCAUUGA